GCGUGUGGGCCUUGUGUGUUUGUGAGCCGCUGUGCUGUGUGGGUGGGAUCUCGCUCACUUUGCUGCUGGCACUGGAGUGGAGCAACAGUCAGAAAAGUAGUUUGGUGCUUCAGGACUUUGUUUAGUCGUCGCUGUCAUGGAGUCAACGAAGAAAAGUCACCAUUUUGGAUCACUGUUAAGCUGCGUCUUCGUUUUGUGUGUUCAGCUGAAGUUAGGCUUGACAGGAGAUUGCCCUGCAGAUGGACGCACCUGGGUUCCUUUUCAAGACAGAUGUUACCACUUUGUCCAUGGACAAGAAGACAAAAUCAAAAGCUAUACUUUUGACAGAGCAAAAACCCUCUGCCAAGGCUUUGAGCUUUUGACCAUACAGAGCGCAGAGGAGAACAACUUUGUCCUUAAAUAUAGCCCAGAGGUGUGGAAAGACAACAUCAAUGUGUGGCUGGGAAUGUAUUAUGACACAAACAGUGAAGACAUGAAGUGGUUUGGCGACGACCCUGUGAGAUUCACUAACUGGGAGGACAGCUCAUCUCCAUCAGACCUCGUGCCCAUGGACACAUGUGCGGCUCUGCACAGCAACACAGGAAAGUGGGAAAAUGUCAGCUGUCUGGAUGAAGUGGAGAACGGAGUGAUCUGUGAGACAGCUCAGAAGGCAGAGGAAGCCAAGCAGAGACCGAGUGCACUGCUGUCCGCCCUGGUCAUUCUCAGCGUGGUGGCUAUCAUGGGAAUCUCAGCGGUAAUUUGGUUCCUGCACCAGAAGCACAAUAUUGGCUCCACUAUCGUCACAGCGUUUGAGUACCACCCUCCGUUCCGAGUGCUGGACACGGACCAGUCCUGUCUGGUGGAGGCUGAGGAGACCGACAGCGUGCCGUAGGAGAAACCUGCUCUCUCUCACACAGUAGGAAGCAAUAGGCCCUUAUCACUGGGUGGGUGUUCAUGCAAAGAGAAGUCCACUGUUUCACACAUUUACAGAAGCAGUUCUUGGGUUUAACACACAUCAAUCUCAUGACUCAGAAUAAUGUAGUAUGAUUGUGGGAAAACUGACUAUACUUAUUCUGAUACUAACCUCUUCACUGUGGCUCAUAAUUGUCUCUACUUCUGUUCUGUUUUCUGCACUAACAAAGACUCACUCGAAUCGUCUGUAAAUUUCUCAGAUGGGUGCAUUUUCAUCAACAUGUAUAGCCUGGUGUACAUAUCACCUGGCACUGGAUAUAAUGUCAGGUUAUUAUCAGGCAUUACAGAUGGCCUGGAUAACUUUUGGGAUCAUUGUUUUUUUCUUUCAAGAAAGGAUCAUACCACAAGAGAAACGGAUUAAUGUAAGAUCCAAGUGUUCAGACUUUUUGUGAGGUAAUAGAAAUUUUUGUAUUAACAUAAAAUUUGGAGAUUUACAAUAAAAUUGUAAAAAUCAACGCAGCAAAUGCUGAGAUAUCCUGGAUGAAACCUCAGAAAUGCUGCACUCUACUGUACAUUCUCACUAAUGCAACGAAGUGCAUGUUUUUGUUCGACCCUCCCUGCCUUGGAAAGGUUUAUAACCCAGGCUCUGUGUUAUAAAUUUGUCGUCUUCAAGCCCAAACUGAGAUAAUCCUGAUGACAUCAUCAUUGUUAUUUUUCUCAGAUGUCGUACAGCCUCCUCCAGAGCAAGGUAUAAUACAACCACUUCCAAAGGCUGAGUAGUCCUCCUCAUGAUGAGUCAACUGUAAAAUUGUCGGAGUGUCCCUUCAUGUAGUAUUUAUAGAAACAGGAAUUCUCAAUCACAAGCUAUCAGGGGCACAUGUAAAUAGCUUCAUCCGAAUGAGAGCCCAGCGAAAGUAUGAGCAAUUGUCUGGUCGCUGCAUGUAUGUAAAUGUAGCCAAUGAGGUGGAGUUCCACAGUCCAUAAAGCAGGGUUUUUUUCCCGGUAUCCUAUUGUAAUGGAAAACCAUCCUAAAUGAAUACUGCCACAGAGACGUCCUGACCAAUUUCCCUGCAUUUUGUCAAGUGGACUUUGUGGGAUGAAUGCUUUUUACCAGUUUUCUUUUCUUUUUUUUUUCUUUUUUUUUUUGGUAAAAAGCAUUCUGCCUGUUCUCUAACAAAAAUCUAACUAGUAAAUAUGAAAUCGUAAUUUCAGAAUAUUUUCUAUUUGUCCACAGUUCAUGGGUCAUUUUUGUAUUGUUUAAGUGGUGAAAAAAUAUUACAGUAUGUUUGCUUGUUUGUUUGUUUUGCUGCCCUAUGAAAUCCAGUCUUGGCAUUAUCAUUGCUUCGUUUUUAAGAGAGUGGUCAUGAUUUUGUUGUUGGAACUAAUUAACAUUAAAGACAAUCAAGAGUUUGUGUAUGGUGUGUAUGGUAUAUUGCAGAAUAAUGGCAAACACACCUCUUAUUACUGUUCUUUAUUUUCAACAGCAUGAAUGCUUUUGUGCAAUAUCUGACAUUAAUUUGGCAGAAUCUGAGCCCUUGUGUGUUUUAAUAAAGUGUGUUUGACUGUAACAAUG